AUGCACGCAGAGGACGCCGAUGCGCUGCUGGUGCUCGCCAGCACCUUCCUCGAGCAAGACGAGGAGCUGCAUGACGCUCGCAGAGAGGUGUACCGCGCCCUGGCACUACCUGACCACCCAGUGCCUGGAUACCCCGCCUGGAUGAUGGUAUACAAGUACGGCAGCGACGUGAACUUCCUGAACACGACAAGUUGGACCAGGUCGGCUUUCAACCAGCUCCUGCAGCGGUUUAGCCGCUUCUACUACAUUCCGCGCCACACGACACGCGGGCGUCCAACCAAGCGGAAGCACCACCACCAGGUGCUCGGCCUCGUGCUCUGCUUCUAUGUCGGCUCGAUGGAGCAAAGCUCCCUUUGCAUGCUGUUUGGGGUCCCGCCAACUCGCCAAGCCGAGUUGGCGAAGCUGGUGGAGGCUCGCGAACCACUUCUCAAACACACCUUUGGGUUUAUUGAUGGAAAGAACUUCCGGGUCCAGCAGCCGUCGAAUGCGGAUCUGCAAAAUGCCAUGUACAACGGGUGGCUUCACACCGUGUUCGUGACUGGCACGAUCUGCUUUGCCGCCGACGGCUGUAUCAUUUGGAGUAAGCACAAUUGUCCCGGGUCGUGGAACGACUUGGACACCUCGCUUGGCUUCCGCGCCAAGUUGCUCGACCCCGCGUACUGCCCAGAUACGCGUAUGAAUGUGGUGCCGGACUCCGCUUUUCCAUGCUCGACUGCCAUGGUGGGACGCAUCCUGACGCCUCUCAAAGACGGCGACCUGGAGAGAAUUCGGCCGUCGCUCAGGAGCUCCGCGCGAACGCUCCACAAUGCAAUCACUUCUGUACGGCAGGCGGCUGAAUGGGGCAUAGGCAGCAUACAGAAGGUGUACAGCCACCUCAACCUCCCCCUGCCGUACGACCCCAACAUCCGCGGGUGCAGAAUCAGCAACGUGUUCAGAAUGGCUAACUACCGUGUGCGCACGGUCGGAAUCUCGCAGAUUCGACCGACGUUCUCGGGCGAAAUGGAGCUGCCGCCGUCAAGCGAGUAG